AUGGACGACCAUACAGCCGAAGUAGACGUAAUAACUCCCCAAAGUGCCACUCCAGAGAAUAGAGUGCCAAGCACGCCUCAAGAGAGUGCUGACCUGGAGUCCCAACAGAUGUCACUCCCAUUGUCCAAGAUCAAAAAGAUUUUCAAAAUGGACCCUGAUUACUUAGGAGCCAGUCAAGGUGCGGUUUACGCCACAGGACUAGCAACUGAGCUAUUUGUGCAAUAUUUCGUGGAGCAAGCUAGUCUAAUGGCAAAAGUGGACAAGCGUAAGAAGAUUCAGUACAAGGAUUUUGCUAAUGCCGUUGCUAGUCAUGAUGCUUUGAACUUUUUGAGCGAUACGAUACCCAAGACACAUGCUAUAGGCGACCUAAUACAGAAGAAAAAAGUCAAUACGUUGGAUUCUAUUCAUCCCAUGAAGGAUAAAGAAGAUAACCACAAGAGUUCGAAAGCACCCACUAAUGUUGCUACGAAGCCAGAUCCAAUACUUCCAAAAGGUCAGCAAAUUCUCAAUUUUGGCGUUGCACCAAGGCUGGAAGCACCAGUUAAGAAGGCAGGGAUUAAUGAUUUGGUUUCUUCACAGAACGACAGUGACGUAGCAGAGUCACAAGAUGUUGAAAUGAAAGAAUAA